AUGAAUGAAUGCCCAGUUUGCGGCGCAGCUAAAAGUAGAAUGGAAAGGCAUCUUGUCGACGUUCAUGGAUUUUCGCAAGGCCAAACUGCGGAAUAUAAGGCUCAGAAGAAGAGCCGAAGAAUUACCGCAUCGGGAAAGCCAAUACACAACUGCGACUACUGCGAUGCCACGUUCAACAGUAGUCACUGUGAGCUUGCUGAACAUGCCCACCAAGAGCAUGCGGAGGACGUAGAUGAAUUUGUUGUAGAGACAAUCAGUUUCCAAAAUCUGCAGGACUAUCAGGUUGGGGUAAUAUGGCAGUUUGCAUAUAGAUUAUACUUUUCUCAAGUGGGUUUCCUUCAAGAGCUGGAGGCUAGCCUCAGAGGAGGCGGGUGUGAUAAGCCGUUUCGUAGCAAGAACGAGAACUACGGAACACACCAAAGUCACCCAUUUGCGCUACCACUGCGCUUUUCGCUCAGCUUCGGUUCCGGAGAAAACGAAGAAGUCUGUGGCGCACUGCACGGCCUUUAUGAAUGUGACAUUGAUGGUGUAACAGUUGAACACUGUUUCAACCAUCUCGGAUAUAAGGCCCGUCCAUCUCAGCUGAGACUAGAGAAGAGUGUCGAGCAGUGCAUAGUCUCGCUGUUAAGGGAUGGUCUCACCGUCCGCCAAGUGUACAAAAAAGUAAGGAUGGAAGUAAAAGGAGGCCCGCGUACUCGUUUGUAUUUCAUUACAACACGAGAUAUAAGAAAUAUCGCCUCCAAGUGCCGAGUAGAGCCAGGAAGACUCCACAAUCUGGACACAGUGUCAAUUCAGAUUCCAGCACGAGAUGCCAGCGGAGAUGGAUUCGUGCUGGUCGUCAUUAAUCCAACGCAAAGGGAGUGGUUACGGGAGUACGGACAGAGGGCGUUAUGUGUGGAUGAUACGUUCAACCUAAUAUCCUACUCGCUAAGAUUGGCCACUGUAAUUGUUGCGGAUGAAAGGGAUAGGGCUCUUCCAGCGGCAUACCUCCUCUCUUAUAGGUGUUUCAACCAUCAGCAACUUGUCGCUGUAUCUGGUCCUGGAACCUGGGAAGUGAAAGACAAUGACAAAGUGCACUGCGUGGAGGAGCAGUACUGUUCAUGCGAUGAGAAAUUCAACAAUCACUGCCGCAGAGACGGGUGUGGUGCAUGCCCCUAUGCUUUCGCUUGCACUUGUUGUAUGGAUGUAAAAAGUGGGGUUAGCUGUGUGCAUGUCCAUGCAGCUCUAUUGUACGCAGGAGCGGGACGUCGCUCGCAGGAAGAUGCAUCGUCCUCGGUAGUAAGCAGAGAGACUGAAAGUGCGCGAUAUAGCAGCGAUGGAGAUGAAGAGAUGAUGGAGAUAGUAGUGGAAGGCGAUGUGGAGAACGAGGUGGAGGUUGGAAGAAGCUCGACGGAUAUAGAAGACCGCCACAGAGACAUUUUCCGAAGGAUGGAAAUGGAAUAUGCGUCAGCCCGCGAGUCUCUCUUCAAAGUGAUGAGAAACCCAACGGCAGGCACGCGAAUGGGUUUGGAGCAGGCGGAAAGCAAGUUGAAGGAAUUCCGUAAAAUGAUAGACGAUUUGGCAGGGAAUGUUGAAGAGAGCGAGAAUAAUGUUCGCCUUGCUCGCCGUCCAGAAGUGCCUCCGGUCGGCCGUCCUCAAACGCUAACUCCUAUACGGAAGCUGCACAAGCGUGCACAUCUACGCAAAGAAGAACAGGCUAAACGAAAGCCAACGCUGGAUAUCCCCGACUGCGCGCAAGACGAGAGGGACGCGUGUGCUGUAUGCCUUCGUAUGCAGCCAAGCACAAACAGUACACACAAUCAAAUCUGUUGGAUUCAGUGUCCAACAUGCGAAGAUUGGAUGCAUACUGAAUGCAUCAGCAACGUUUGCCCUCGAGAUGGUACCGACCUGGAAAGGAAUGAUGUGUAG